CACACACACACACCUGUUGGCAUGAAGUGUCUUGUCAUAACAAAUGCGGACUUAACCGAAACCCGCAGUGACAGAACGAGCCCUAAAGACCAAGGCCGCCUUAAUGCACGGGCUUGGGCUGAAGCUUCUCUACCUAUCUAAAAUGAGGAUUACAUACAACGGGAAAUAAUCAGUCUUUACCGACCCUGGUGAGGCAGAGGAACAGCACUUCGGAGCUUUGUGGCGUGGCUCAGGAAGCAGAAGGUGGGAGCUGGGUCUAAUACGGAGGCCCUGCAGAAAUAUGUGCUGGCCCGGGACGCAGAGCCCAAGGCAGCAACGGAGCCAGUUCAUGCCCUCUCACAGCCGGGCGUCUCCUACUCGGAUCCAACCGACGCCCAACUGCUCGCCGCUUCCGACGAGGUCGACCCUCCUAGCAGGUCCAGGGACGCCCCACCAGCCGCUGUCCCACUGGAAGGACCAGCACCAGGGCCAGGACCGAUGGCCCAGAGGCCUGCCACCGGAAAAGAGCUGCUUCCCCUCAGCUGGAGGCAGACGCUGCCUGAAGGGCAGCAGCAGUGGGUGGGCCGGGCUCUGUUCCGCCGAGACCCCAGCAGUGGGAAGGUGGUCCUCGUCACACCGCCCCGACUGUGGUGGUACCCGCCAGACGCCCGGCUCCUCUACACGAGGAACGAGAACCACGGCAGGGCGGCAGUCGAGGGGGGACCGCGAGCGACGCUGCGGUGCUACAGCGCCCGGCUGCAGCACAGCUUCAACCAGCUGGCUCGUGAGGUCAACGGGGUCCACCUGCUCGACGACUUCACCCAGCCGAGGGAGUACACAGGGGAACUCUUGGGGGUAGAGGUCCUGUACUCCCAGUCGGGCAGUGUGCUGCAGCCCGAUCCCAAUGCUCCGGAUGGGACCGAUGAGCAGGAAGAGGACGACGGCGGCGGCGGUGAGGGCUUCGAGGAGGAGGAGGAGCCAGAGGAGAUCCGUCUCCUCGAGCAUCACAGAGCUCUCCUCCAGGAGCCCCUCGGCGUGCGUGAGGUCGAUGCCUCGAUAGGAUCAGUUUUUAUUUCACAUUUCCAACUUGGCCUCUUUUGUCUAUCAGGGUGACUCAUCAAG